GUGACGGUGGCCAGUGUUAUGCCGACACUCGGUGCGGUGGGUAGCCAUCGCUUAGUACUUCUACUCUCCUAGUACCUCUUUACGUGUAGUGUUUAAAAUAAAAUAUAGUUCAAAAACCGUACUAGUGAACACACCUAUCCUGGAACAGACCUUUUUGGAAUUUUUCUACUGCAACGGUUAAUAGUUAACUCAAAAUGGCAACAACAGUGCUCCAGCCAGAAGAAUGUCGGAAGCACGAGCCCAAACCAGACCUGGAGCCACGUGUGACCGACGAGGAGCGCCUCCACAUCCUCGAGGGAAAGGAGAGGGAGACGGGAGACCUCCCUCCAGAACUGAGGGAGAGGGCUAGAGUGGAACUGAGGGAAGAAACGGCGCUGAGGGAACAGGCGCUGACGCAGAUGAGGCAUUUCAUUGAAAAACAUCCUGCUAUCAAGAAAUGUAGGACUGAUGCCCCCUUUUUGCUCCGCUUCCUCCGUACCAAGAAGUACUCCAUCCCCCAAGCGUGUUCCAUGCUGGAGCGGUAUCUGACCAUCCGGCAGAUGUACCCCCAGUGGUUCCAGAAGCUGGACCCCUUGGACCCCAAGAUCGCCGCUGUCAUUGAUGCGGGGUAUCUGGUGCCGUUGCCGAAGAGAGACGCUGAAGGCAGAAGGGUGGUGCUGUCGUGUAUGGGCCGCUUCGACCCGCACGUGUUCGACAGUUGCGUGAUGGCGCGUGUUCACUCCAUGAUCGUGGAGCUGCUGCUAGACGAACCGCGCUCACAACUGCUGGGCUACACGCACGUCAACGACGAGGCUGGCAUGCAGAUGCCGCACGUGAGCCUGUGGUCGCUGAGCGACGUGCGCAUCAUGCUCAACUGCAUCCAGAAUUCCACGCCAAUGCGUCACAAGCGGACCCACUUCGUCAACAUCCCGACCUACGGAGUCAGAUUCUUCGAAUUUGCAGUGUCGUUGCUUAGCGAUAAACUAAAAGACCGCGUAAUGUUCCACCGCUCAAGUGAGGAUUUGACAAAGCACGUCGAUCCAUCAAUACUGCCGAAAGAAUACGGGGGCACAGUCCCGUUGAGGGAUAUGAUUGAAGAGCUAAAACGGAAUCUAUUGAAACGCAGAGAAGAACUAUUGGCGCUAGAUGACAUGUGCGUCGACCUCUAUGCUUUGGAGAAGAAUGACCUUACUCAAGAUAUCCAUUCCACAGCUGGUUCAUUCCGGAAAUUAGAACUGGAUUAGAAAAUAGUUUUUAACUCAAUAAUUUUAUGUAUCA